AUGGAGCAGCACGAGCACAUUUUGCUGCGUCCGGACAUGUACAUUGGGUCGACGCGGCGAGUGACGGAGGAGCUGUGGGUGUGGGACGAGGCGGAGGGGAUGAUGGUGCACAGGGCGGUGACGUACUCGCCGGGCUUGUACAAGAUAUUUGACGAGAUUUUGGUGAACGCGGCGGACAAUUACCAGAGGGACAGGAAGAUGAAGUUCAUCAAGGUGGACAUAGAGAGGGAGAGUGGGAUGAUACGGGUGCACAACGACGGGAAUGGGAUACCGAUAGAGGUGCACAAGAAGCACCAGAAGUACGUGCCGGAGUUGAUAUUUGGGGAUUUGUUGACGGGGAGCAGUUUCGACGACACGCAGCAGAAGGUGACGGGGGGGAGGAACGGGUUGGGGGCGAAGUUGGCGAACAUAUAUUCGAGCAGGUUUAUAGUGGAGACGUGUUGCCAGAGGAGGUUGUUCAGACAGGAGUUUAGGAGGAACAUGUUGGAGAGGGAGAGGCCGCAGGUGAGCGAGACGAGUCAGGCGGACUUUACGAGGGUGACGUUUUGCCCGGACUACGAGAGGUUUGACGGGAUGGGGGGGUUGGACGAGGACAUUUUGGCGUUGUUCAGGAAGCGCGUGUACGAUGUGGCGGGGUGCAACGCGAAGUUGAGCGUGUAUUUGAACGGGAGGUUGUUGGGGUUGAAGAGUUUCAAGGAUUACGUGGGGUUGUAUUUUAGGGAGGAGGCGAGGCCGGAGAUAGUGGGGCCGGACGUGGUGGUGGACAGGGAGGGGAGGAAGAGGUGGGAGUUUGACUCGCAGACGAAGGAGACGUUGAAGUCGACGCAGUCGCAGUGGGGGACGAAGCCGGAGUUGACGGACGGCUUUUUGAACAGGGUGGCGACGAAGAGUGGCGUGGUGGAGCAGGUGUUGUUGUGGAACCAGGGGAGGUCGGAGAAGGUGUUGAAGACGACGACGAUGAAGAAGAGGGGGAGGUUGGGGAUAUCGAAGUUGACGGAGGCGAAUCAGGCGGCGACGAGCAAGUCGGCGAGGUGCACGUUGAUUAUAACGGAGGGCGAUUCGGCGAAGGGCUUGGCGUUGGCGGGGUUGUCGGUGGUGGGGAGGGAUUAUUACGGGAUAUUUCCGCUGAGGGGGAAGUUGUUGAACGUGAGGGACGCGCCGAUGUCGCAGGUGAUAAAGAACGAGGAGUUGAACAUGAUAAAGCAGGCGAUGGGGUUGCAGCACGACAAGGCGUACGAGAGUUUGUCGGGGUUGAGGUACGGACACAUAAUGGUGAUGACGGACCAGGACCACGACGGGUCGCACAUAAAGGGCUUGUUCAUCAAUUUCGUGCACCAUUAUUGGCCGUCGUUGUUGAGGAUACCUGGGUUUUUGACGGAGUUCAUAACGCCGAUAGUGAAGGCGACGAAGGGGGACCAGACGGUGGCGUUUUUCACGAUGCCGCAGUACCAGGAGUGGUGCGCGAACAGGAAUUUGAAGGGGUGGAAGAUCAAGUACUACAAGGGGUUGGGGACGUCGGAGCCGUCGGAGAUGCAGGAGUACUUUUCGGACUUGCCGCGCCACAAGAAGGAGUUUUGCUACGUGGGGGCGGAGGACGACGAGUCGAUAGCGCUGGCGUUUGCGAAGGGGAGCGCGGACCAGAGGAAGGAGUGGUUGGCGAAUUACAGGCCGGGGACGCAUUUGGACCAGUCGUUGACGAGGAUACCGUACAACGAGUUCAUAAACAAGGAGUUCAUUUUGUUUUCGCUGGAGGACUGCGAGAGGAGCAUAGCGAACAUGGUGGACGGGUUUAAGCCGGGACAGAGGAAGAUCAUGUUUGCGUGUUUCAAGAGGAGUUUGAAGGGGGAGAUAAAGAUAGCGCAGUUGGCGGGGUACGUGUUGGAGCACUGCGCGUACCACCACGGGGAGAUGAGUUUGUACUCGACGAUAAUAGGGAUGGCGCAGAAUUUUGUGGGGAGUCACAACUUGAACUUGCUGGAGCCGAUAGGGAAUUUUGGGUCGAGGGACCAGGGGGGGAAGGACUGCGCGGCGGCGAGGUACAUAUUUACGACGUUGUCGCCGCUGACGAGGUACAUAUUUCACCCGGACGACGACGAGAUAUUGAGUUACUUGGAGGAGGAGGGGUUGAAGAUACAGCCGAGUUACUACUGUCCGGUGGUGCCGAUGGUGUUGAUAAACGGGAACGCGGGGAUAGGGACGGGGUGGUCGUCGUUCGUGCCGAACUACAACCCGAUGGACGUGGUGAGGAAUUUGAGGAGGUUGCUGAGGAACGAGGGGUUGGUGGCGAUGAAGCCGUGGUACAGGGGGUUUUUGGGGAGCAUAGAGUGGAGCGAGAAGAAGAGGCACUACGUGGUGAGGGGGGUGUGGAGGAGGGUGGACGAGGAGACGAUAGAGAUAACGGAGUUGCCGAUAGGGAUGUGGACGCAGAGUUACAAGGAUUUUUUGGAGGCGGCGGUUGGGGACUUUGCGAGCAUGUCGGACGAGAUGGUGGAGAAGAAGUUGAAGUUGACGACGUCGAUAAGCACGUCGAACAUGCACUUGUUCGACGGGGAGAAUCGGAUAAGGAAGUACCCGACGGCGGAGGAGAUUUUGAAGGCGUUUUUUGGGUUGAGGUUAGGGAUGUACGAGCGUCGGAAGAGUUGGUUGGUGGACAGGAUGAGGAAGGAGUUGAGGUACGCGUCGAAUCGGUUGAGGUUCGUGUUGGCGGUGAUAGAGAAGAGGUUGGUGGUGACGAAUCGGAAGAAGAGGGCGAUUUACAAGGACUUGGUGGAGCAGGGGUUCGACCCGAUGCCGAAGAAUGCGUUGAUGAGGCAGGUGGAGAUGGCGAGGGUGGAGUUGCUGCCGGAGGGCGAGGAGGGCGAGGAGGGCGAGGAGGUGGAGGAGUCGGAGGAGAAGGGAGACGCGUGCAUGAGGGACUACGAUUAUUUGUUGGGGAUGCCGAUUUGGUCGUUGACGAUGGAGAGGGUGGAGAAGUUGAAGGAGGAGUGCGGGAACAAGGAGGCGGAUUUGGAGAGGAUGAUGAAGGUGCACCCGGCGGACUUGUGGGAGCGGGAUUUGGACGCGUUCGAGGAGGUAUGGAGGAAGUACGAGGAGAACAUGCGGAUAUUGGACGAGGUGGGGGUGGGCGGGUGCGCGUUCAGGAAGCCGUCGCUGCAGAGUUUGAAGGCGUCGGCGUCGAUUGGGUCGGGGGAGAUGAAGAGGCAGAAGGAGGCGAAGUUGGCGCAGUUGAAGAAGUUGCACCCGUGUCCGCCGCACAGGCCGAGGGAGGGCUUGCCGAGCGCGAGAGAGGGUCGGGAGGAGAUUGUGGUGCCGGAGGUGAAGACGGAUCCGGUGGUCCCGCCGGCGAAGACGAAGAAGUUGGAGGAGUCGGGGAAGGUGAAGGUGGAGUCGGGUGAAGUCGGAGGCGUCGGCCGCGGCGACGAAGGUGAAGUCUGA